AUGGCUCAACACUCUAAAGCCUCUAAAACCUUUGAAGCUGAAGCUGGAGCAAGUGAUAUCUCUAAUAUUGACUUUGAUACUUUAUUAGAAAGAAAAUCACAAAGUGAAACAGGAUUAACAAGUAUUUUGGAAUCUGAAACUAUUAGAAGUUUAUUAAGUAUGAUGAGUCUUGAUAAUGAAAAUAUUGAUACAGGUGAUAAAGAAUAUUUGGAAAGUAAAUCUUCUAUAAAGAAAGGAAAAAAAGAGCUAGAGAAGAAACAAAAGAAGUUCAAGCUCAAGCAGAAGAUGAUAAUAAUCUUAUGA